AUGGCUACACAGUUCUCCACCCAGCAGCUGCCGUCCCGACAGAGCACCAACCUGACGUCGGCCUCUACGUUCAGCGACGAGGCCGUUCCCGAUGCGGACCCCACCAGCACUGCCGGCCUGCUAGCCGAGAGAUUGCAGGCAUGGAAGCACGUGUGUGGGUUUCUGGAGGAGUACAUUGGUGCGGUCGAGAAGUCGCACAAGGAGCAGGCGAAGGAGUAUGAGAAGGUGCUCAAGACGAUCUCGAAGCCGCUGCGCGAGGGCCAGCACUUCGAUCCCAACCUCGGUGGCAUCAGCGGGUUCUUUGAGAACAUGCGUACUAACACGCAGGCGUUGAUCAACACGAACCUGGAGACGGAGAAGAACAUCAAGGGCUCUGUCCUGCCCGUUCUCGACCGGCUGCACAAGGAGAUCAAGAACAAGGCCAAGGAGCUGCAGCAGGGUGCGCAGAAGGGUGCCAAGGAGGUGGAGAAGGCGCGGCAGACGACGCAGAAGCAUAUCGAGCUUCUGGGCCAUCAGUCGGCCGCGUUCGAGGCCAUGGGCGGCAAGAUGGGUCCGCAGGAAGACCCGUACGUGCUGCACCGUGGCGUGCUGCACCGGCUGCACCACCAGGUGGUGGAGGAGAACAACCACCGCAACGACCUGCUGUCGGUGCAGUCGAACAUGGAGACGUUUGAGGCACACGUGCUCCUGGUGCUGCAGCAAGCGAUGGAGGCUUUCCACCAGUAUGUGGGCGGCCAGGCUGAGCGGGUCAACGCGUUGUACAGCGACAUGUUGAGCACGGUGCAGCAGAUCCCGGCCGACUUUGAGUGGAAGGGCUUCUCUGAGCGCAACCGGGACAUCCUGGUGGACGCUCGUGAUGCGCCGCGCGACGUGGCCCAGAUCACGUUCCCGAACCAGAACCACCAGAGCACGAGCCCGGUGAUUGAGGGCAGCCUCGAGCGCAAGAGCCGCAACAAGCUCAGUUGGGGCUUCCAGGCCGGCUACUACGUCGUCACGCCGUCGCGCUAUCUGCACGAGUUCCGCGACUCGGACAACGUGCGCAAGGAUCCGGUGCCUGAACUCAGCAUCUACCUCCCCGACGCCACCGUCAGCUCGCCGCAGGGCGACAAGUUCACCAUCAAGGGCAAGGACCGCAGCAAGUCUGUCAGCAGCAAGCUGACCGGCACCUCGGAGCUUCACUUCAAGGCCCACAGUCCCGAUGACGCCGAAAAGUGGUUCUACAUCAUCCGCGACAUCGCCGCUGCCGGGCCUUCGCACGGCGUCGACAGCAUGCCGACCUCGCCCACGCUGGCCUCGCCCACCCCCGGCAACAUGUCGCGCAUCGCCUCUGGCGGCUCCUUCAAGGCAGCCUCGCCCUCGCCUGCCUCGCCCGCUUCGGUCGUCUCGACGGGCGUCACCGGUGGUGCCCUCGCUUCCAAGGGCCAGGAGGCCGGCGUCACGUCAGGCAGUUCUGCCAAGGCCGCACUCCCGCCAGCCACCGUGGCUGCCCAGACGGCGGUCGAGAAUGCAAGCAAAGCCACGUCAGCCUAG